GUGUGGAAGCAGAACACCUUUCUGUUCUUUUAAUAGAUUUUUUUACACAAAGUUAGGCUUAUUGCUUUGAAUAAUAAUUCAAUUAAAUGUAUUUCUGAGUAAAUAGCUACCGAAAAUGAAAUUGGGGCAAGCAAUGCCCUUGCAAAAAGGGUUAAUUUACAUUAGAAUUAGAAGUUAGUGGUUGAAUAUGAAAGGCCUGUGCAGUUUGCAACUGUUAUUACUCUCAGAAAAUGAAUAUUUGGAGUGGAAGUGCAGUGAGCAUCAGGCAGCAUCGUUCAUCUUUGCAGAUGUAGUAGCAUUAUUAGCAUCCCUCUUACCUCAGGGGCACAGUUAUCUUCAAUUUCCAGACACAAGUUUUAUCUUCUAUCAAAUUCUGGCUCUGCAGUGUAGCUGGUAAGCAGCGCUGUGCUCUUUAUUAGGUGCCAGCCUGCCUUAAAUCUCUGCUAAAUGUGUGAGGGAGAGAUACCUCCUGGCUCAGCAAGGAGUGAGAGUGAGUACCCUGUUACUUCAGAUUUUUUUCCCUUUGGUAGAAUAGUUUUAAGGAUUCAGGGAGGCAGGCAGUUUGCUGACUUUAUAAUGUGUGUGUUCUGUUUGGUGAGGAAUCUUUGUGCAGCCGUGGUGAAAAUAUUUUUAAUGCUGGUGAUGUUUUUUCUGCUUUAUUCUCUGCAGUCCAGGUGUUGUUAGUCUGGGCUGUGAAUUUGGAACUGGUUAAGAGCUUAAAGGCACAUUAGUACGUGGUUGUUUGCAGCUCUGUUCUCUUAUAGAGAUAUUGAAGGGGGGAAAGAAGGUUCUUUUGAUUCAGAAAUCACCUUUUCUUUUUUCUCUUUUUUUUUUUUUCUGUCGGAUCAGGUCUUGAAGUAUAGGGUGAAGGUUUCUCUUCACAGUGCAUGGACGGAAAGCCAAUGCGCAGGUGUGCCAGCACUCGCCCAGGAGAGACCGGAAUGGACGUGACCAGCCGCUGCACCCUCGGAGACCCCAACAAGCUGCCCGAAGGCGUGCCGCAGCCCGCGCGCAUGCCCUACAUCUCCGACAAGCACCCCCGGCAGACCCUGGAGGUCAUCAACCUGCUCAGGAAGCACCGGGAGCUCUGCGAUGUGGUGCUGGUAGUGGGGGCCAAGAAGAUCUACGCCCACAGGGUGAUCCUGUCGGCCUGCAGCCCCUAUUUCCGAGCCAUGUUCACCGGGGAGCUGGCGGAGUCGCGGCAGACCGAGGUGGUGAUCAGGGACAUCGACGAGCGGGCCAUGGAGCUGCUCAUCGACUUCGCCUACACAUCGCAGAUCACUGUGGAAGAGGGGAAUGUCCAGACCUUGUUGCCUGCUGCUUGCCUUCUCCAGCUGGCCGAGAUCCAGGAGGCCUGCUGUGAGUUCCUCAAGAGACAGUUGGACCCUUCCAAUUGCCUGGGCAUCCGGGCUUUUGCUGACACUCACUCGUGCCGUGAACUGCUGAGGAUUGCUGACAAAUUCACACAGCACAACUUCCAGGAGGUGAUGGAGAGCGAGGAGUUCAUGCUGCUUCCUGCCAACCAGCUGAUAGACAUCAUAUCCAGUGACGAGUUAAAUGUGCGCAGCGAAGAGCAGGUGUUCAACGCCGUGAUGGCCUGGGUGAAGUACAGCAUCCAGGAGAGAAGGCCUCAGCUGCCACAGGUCCUACAGCACGUCCGCCUGCCCCUGCUGAGUCCCAAGUUUCUUGUGGGUACAGUGGGUUCUGAUCCACUCAUUAAGAGCGAUGAGGAAUGCAGGGAUCUGGUGGAUGAAGCCAAAAACUACCUGCUGCUGCCCCAGGAGCGGCCGCUGAUGCAGGGACCGCGAACGAGGCCGCGCAAACCCAUCCGCUGUGGAGAGGUGCUCUUUGCAGUGGGGGGCUGGUGCAGCGGGGACGCCAUUUCCAGCGUGGAGCGCUACGACCCCCAGACCAACGAGUGGAGGAUGGUGGCUUCCAUGAGCAAGAGGCGCUGUGGUGUUGGAGUCAGUGUCCUGGAUGACCUCCUCUAUGCUGUGGGAGGCCAUGAUGGCUCCUCUUAUCUUAACAGUGUGGAAAGGUAUGAUCCAAAGACCAAUCAGUGGAGCAGUGAUGUGGCUCCCACCAGCACCUGCAGGACCAGUGUUGGAGUAGCAGUUCUUGGAGGUUACCUCUAUGCUGUGGGUGGCCAGGAUGGUGUCUCUUGUCUCAACAUCGUAGAGAGAUAUGAUCCCAAAGAAAACAAAUGGACUCGAGUGGCUUCCAUGAGCACCAGGCGCCUGGGAGUGGCAGUGGCUGUGCUGGGAGGCUUCCUCUAUGCUGUGGGAGGCUCUGAUGGAACAUCUCCUCUCAAUACUGUGGAACGCUACAACCCCCAGGAGAACCGCUGGCACACCAUAGCCCCCAUGGGCACGAGGAGGAAGCACCUGGGCUGUGCCGUGUACCAGGACAUGAUUUACGCCGUGGGAGGCAGGGAUGACACCACGGAGCUCAGCAGUGCCGAGAGGUACAACCCACGCACCAACCAGUGGUCACCCGUGGUGGCCAUGACCUCCCGGCGCAGCGGGGUUGGCCUGGCCGUGGUGAAUGGACAGCUGAUGGCAGUGGGGGGCUUUGAUGGCACAACGUACCUGAAGACCAUUGAGGUGUUUGAUCCAGAUGCUAACACGUGGAGGUUGUACGGCGGGAUGAACUACCGGCGGCUGGGCGGAGGCGUGGGAGUUAUCAAAAUGACACACUGUGAAUCUCAUAUAUGGUAAGCUGCCAGAGGGAGGGAGUCCCCUGCCUUCUCAAUUCCUAGAAAAAAAAAAAAAACUGAAGAGACUUGUUGACACUGGACCUCUUUGCAGCUCUAGUAUGCACGGUCUAGAUCCAAUGUAACUCUUUGCCGGUGAACUCUUUCUAUGGAAUUAUAAAAAUUGACUUCAGUGAGAGUGUGCCCAGCGGGAGACCACGUUGUCAGACUCCAGGGAACCACUGGACAAAAGUAGAAGUGUUGCUUAUGUCCGUAUUUUUUCUAAAUAGUUCUACAUUUUUUGAACAAACCAAACUGUAACAGUUAUUGUAGCGUAAAGGAUGCUGAUGUAGAGCCUACACUCUGUACUGGGAGUCUGGCCAGGAGGAGGGAUUCCUGCUUUCCCUCCUGCUGUGGGAGCAGUGGAUGUGGCAGCUGUUUGGUGGGCGAAGGAGAAAAAGUGAUACAGAAAACAUUGCUUUUGCCUUAUUUACAGAGAGCUUCAAAAAAAAAAGUACUUGACCUGCAAGGUGCCACCUUUGCACAGAAGCUUUUCUGUGCACAGAGUAUAUUUAUUUUUUCAUUUGAUUUGUAUCAUGUAUUUCCUUUGUAUCGCUCACAGCGAUGAUUCCAGCUUUUUAUAGACAUCUCUGUGUGUGCAUAUAUAUAUAUGUAUUUUAUAUAUAUAUAUAUGUAUGUGUUUUGCAUUUUGAGCAGCUGGUGGUUUGGGCAGGGCCAUGUCCUGCCAACUACUGUGGUUCCAACCCUUGUGGUAUGAUUUGGGGUCUCUUAGAGGACAGGAGAGCUGUGAGGAUGGGUGCCCUGAGUAUCUUUUCAGAACUGGAACUCUCAUUGUUCGACUGAAUCAGUGAAGUGCCCAAAAAAGGUGAGAGGAAAAGGAUUUCAAAUAAUGCCUAUUUACUGUACAAAAGUUCAUCUUUCCUCUCUCCUGUGUGUGAAACUGUGCUGGUUUGAAGGAAAACCGGCGGGAGGAAUUAACCCCACCCAAAUACCUUGUGAGAGAUUCCAAGUCGGAGUUACAACUCAAUAGAAAGAUUACAAUACAUGCAUACAUAAGUGAAUACAGAAAGACUGGCUUAAAACCAGUCCUGAUUAAACGGUGGUUGCAGUCCCUUUGGAGCAAUGGAUGAGGUCUUGUCAAACGUGCUGGUCCUGUGGAAAGGCCUGGUCCUUCUCUAGUGGUGGUGGUUGUGUCCAAGUCCCCAGCCCCCAGAUCAGUGACCUUUUUUUAAGUCCAGGCAGGGAUGUUGAGUCCUUCCCCCGGGGCAAGGGAUUUCCCAAUGGAAUGUUGGAAUCCCAUGAGUCAUAGGAUAUUUUGGAGAGUCCUUGAUGGCCCAUUGGCAGAGAUGACCCCUCUUAGGCUAGGUAUAGUUGUCACUUUGUGUAGGCAGAGAACACUGUACCCAGCUCGCAGCUGUUACAAAGGACCCACCCCUAACAGUUCAUCAGGAAUAGUGCAGAUGGGUGUGGAAUUCAGUUUGGCUACACCCACACUGGUACUUUCUCCUGCAACCACUGACAGAACCUAAAUCCAGCUAGUUCUAGCUCACUUCUAAAAGCCUUUUUCCUCUCUGUUGCCUGCUCGAUAUUAGUUCCUGACUGAAGCAGGGUGCAAGUAUCAUCUGUUAAUUCUGACACCCACUUCUAGUCUUGCUGGAAGAGCAGAUCCGCAGUCAGCUCCUUCCUGCUGGAAAAAAAAGCUCAGACCAGCCUGACCUCAGCUGCCCUCUUGUCUGUCUGUAGAAUUCCUGACCAUGAUGGACGGUGCCCUCUCUUCGAGUGAUUUUUGUGCACUUUGCCUGUGCAUGGGUAGAGCAGGGAAAGGGGUGAGGCUCAUUUAGGAGUUUGGAGGGGAAGGGCUGUUUGCUGGCACUGUGAAUAACUGUGGAGUCACCCAGGGGUUGGGGGAGAGCAGGGAAAAACUCAAGACUCAACAGUUCUGUUUGUACUGUAAUUUCUAUUGAGUAUGGAAGAAUGACCUUUUGCACCUGAUCUAACUGUGGACCUUACUAAAUUUGAUUUUGAAAACGAGGAUUGUAAAUUCUUGAGAUGAAAAAGGCAGCGCUGACAUCUUAAGUUCUUUUAACUUCAUAGUUUGAUUCCUGUAACUCAGACUUUAAUGUGCUUGAAUAUAGUAAAAAAUACACUACAGUCAUAAACGGGACAUUAAAACUUUUUUAAAAGCCCCUUUCCCCCUAAAGGUCGGUAUUCUUGUGUUUACAUAUGAAGAUCAUUUGCACCUUUACAAGGAAAACAAGUAUUCUGUAAACAAAUGUUUACAUGUAUCAUUUAUGCUUUUUUCUAGCAUGAGUAACUUGUAUAAAUAGUGCUAUCUUAAUAAAUUUCUUCUACGCU